AUGGAUCCCUUCUCAGCAGAGGGUGAGCUCCUCAACAUCCACAAUGCCUUCCACUCCGGCCAGUACCAAGAGGUGAUCGACUUCGAGACCGCCGCCCUCUCCCCCGAGAACCAGCUUCCCGCUCGCGUCCUUAAGCUCCGCGCCCAGAUCGCCCUCGGCCAGAGUGCUGAAGUGCUCGCCGCCGUCACCAGCGAAGAAGAUACCCCCGACCUGGCCGCUGUCAAGGCCCUGGCCCAGCAAGUCUCGGGCAAGACCGACGCCGCCUUGCAGUUGGCUCAGGACCUCUCCGAGAACUACCCAGAUAAUGCGACUGUGGAGGUUCUCGCUGCUACCGUGCUGCAGGCACAGGGUCUCAGUGAGGAAGCCCUGGCCCUACUGGCUAAGCACCAGGGUAACCUCGAGGCUGUUGCCUUGAUUGUUCAGAUUCACCUUCAACAGAACCGAGCGGACCUUGCGCUCAAGGAGGUCCAGGCUGCUAAGCGCUGGGCCCAAGACUCGCUGCUGGUCAACCUGGCCGAGUCAUGGGUCGGCCUGAGAAUUGGUGGUGACAAGUACCAGUCCGCUUUCUAUGUUUACGAAGAACUCGCAUCCGCCCCUAGCACUUCUGCCCCGCUCUCCAUCGUCGGCCAGGCCGUUGCGGAGCUCCACCUGGGUCGUCUGCCUGAAGCCGAGGCCGCGCUGACUGCCGCACUGGAGAAGCACCCCGAAGACGCCGAGUUGAUUGCCAACACCAUUGUCCUGAACGUUCUGUCAGGGAAGCCUAGCACGGAUCUGGAGGCUCGUCUCAAACAGGUCCAGCCAUCACACGCCCUGCUUGCCGAUAUUCAGGAGAAGAGCGACUUCUUCGACACUGCUGCAGCGAAGUAUGCGCCUAAGGUGUCGUCCUAA